UACCAUCAUAAAUUAUAUCAAUAAGAAAAAUUUGUUAAUAUUGUCCUACUUGCAUAUGGCCACUAGGCAUCAUUGAUUUGAAAACUCGACCAUCUAGAAUAAUAUCUAUAGUAAUAGCCCAUAUCUACAAAAAAUAAAAAAUAAAUAGAUGAUGUGUUAUUUAAACAAGGAUAUAGUUAUUUUGGGUAGAUAUACAUUUCUCCUUGUUUGAGGAAUAAAAAACCAUAUACCUGGUUGGUGGUCAGUCUUCAGAUACCGAUGAGCCCGACACUUAUGAUAAAUAUAAAAAUAUUGUUGGCUUGAAAAAAAGUGAAAUAGGUACAGGAUUCGUUGUACUGAUACGGAACAUUUUUUUAUAAUCGUUGAUAAUUUAUGACAUAUAUUAAGUCUGAGUUCACAAACCGUCAAUAGUGUAUUCAGUGUUUAAAAACAGAGAAGUUGACAACUGUCGAGCAUGCAUACGUGUUUUAAAACUAAGAGCUAAUUAGAGAGUUGCAAGAAAGUGUAGUGUAGGAGAGUAUUGCGAGAUUAUUCUAUGUCCAAGAGUUAUCUCCUUAUUUCGCCUUGUUUUAUCGUUAUUUUUGAAUUCAGUAUUCUAUGCCGAAAAAAACAGUAAUUUAUAAAUAUCUAAAAUGGGACAUUCCCGAAUACAGGACAUUAUUUAUAUUUAUUAAUAAUUUAUUAAUUAUUUAUAUUGUACAUAUUAUAUGUAUGUAGAAACUAUGAUGGGUUACAAUCUCAAUACACAGUUAAAUAUUGGGACCGAAUUCGUCCACUCCAUGAAAAUAGUUUCAGAAUUGAAUGUUAUGAGAAUAUAUAAACCAUGGCUUUAUCCAGAUAUCAUAUUCAGAAUUUAUCGAAAAUGCAUAGGCUUGCAAAAUGUUUACAAACAUUUACACUCAUUGCCAGAUCAGGUAAUCAAAGAAAAGAAAGAAACAUAUGCUCAAAAGAAAAUAACAAAUAGAACAGAUGCUUUAAAUGAUUCUUCCAACGGAGUGUUUUUAGACAAGUUAUUAGAAUUGAACGAAGCUGGUGCAAAUUUUUCCGAUGAAGAACUUAGAGAUGAAGUUGUUACUAUGAUGAGUGCUGGCACUGAAACCAGCGCUGUUACAAUAUGCUUUUGCCUUUUAUUAUUAGCUAUCCACCAAGAUAUUCAAGAUAAAGUUUAUGAAGAAAUUUACGAAGUUUUGGGCGAAAAUGAUGAAUUAAUUACCUUUGAAGAAACAUACAAGCUUAAGUACCUCGAGAAAGUGCUAAAAGAAACCCUUCGACUAUACCCAAUUGCUCCAGUGUUCCUUAGAGAACUUCAAAGCGAUAUUAAGAUUUCUUCAAGUAAUUAUGUACUUCCAAAAGGGACAACGUGUAUUAUAUCUCCAAUGGUAACACAUCAUAAUCCUGAGUUGUAUCCGAAUCCUUGGUCAUUCAACCCGGAUAAUUUUAACUCCGAAAAUGUGAUGAAACGGCAUAAAUACAGUUUUAUACCUUUUAGUAGUGGUCCAAGAAAUUGUUUAGGUUCCACAUAUGCUAUGCUGUUUAUGAAAGUAUUAGUUUCUACGUUCUUGCGAAACUAUAGCGUGCACACUGACACUAAAUUAAGUGACAUAAAAUUAGAAAUUGACAUACUACUGAGGAGCGUUCAUGGAUAUCCAGUAACUAUCCGAUCGAGAGAUAGAAGAUAUAAUCGAAAUCAGAAAGCAUAGAUCACUACUGUACACAAUUUAGUAUUAGUUAUUCGUAUACUACUUUUUUGAAUUAAAAUAAAAAAUAAAAUGAGGUUUAUUAUAGUUUAAAUAAUUGAGUGAAUAUAUUCAUAUUUUUAUUUUAAUAUGCUGAAUGAUGAUUUUUUAUUAUUAUACGUACUGGCCAUUA